AUGGCUAGAUCUUUUUGUUCGGAAGAAUCACCAAAAGGAAGAGGCAAAAAAUGGCAUGGAAAUGUUGGAACUGCACCAGAAUAUUGGAAUGAUGCAUUAUUAGAAAAUGUCUUCAGAAAAUGCUUUUUUAGUGAUAAUAGUGGAAAAGACGCACAUGGUAACUAA